GCUAAAAUCAUCAUCCGUCAUACUUAUUACCUCAGCCAAGAAAUCCUGCAAAAAGCAAAAGAAAACGGAAUCAAAAUUGACCUUGACGAUCAUAUCCACGAGCAAGAAAUUGAAGCGUACAUUCACGACGGAACCACAUAUCAACUUCGAUAUCGAAGGAUCGAACAGAUCAGCGGAAAAGAUGAUCCACAAUAUCUACCCAAAGGAGAAUAUUAA